AUGUGCGUCCAGUUUGACAGGUCUGGUCGGGCGAAGUCCGACUCGCUCUGCGGCCUCGAGGAAGUGCUCUCUACUCUACAGCCGUCCGUUUUCGUCGACGAACAGCUCUCCAAAUAUAAGGUAGCCGUCCAUCAAAUGGGCUUGGGUUGGAAUGACUUCUUGUCGCAGUUCGAGGAGAGGAGAGCUUCCGGUUCGUCGAUGGUCUCCGGGUAUCGGUUGUCGCAGCCGUUGAGUGAGAGUCGUCGCUCUUCAGCCAAUCUGUCGAUUCCGGGCGUAAACGCCACUCCAGUCAUAGCCGUCACACAUCAGCCGCCAUCGCCUCACAGGAAGAAGCAACUGUUGCGGACGCAGACCUUCGACAGCACCAACUCGAGUGACCUGAACGAGGAGAACCAGUUGGCGAUCACCGCUCACUCGACCCGCAGCCACAGCUGUGUGCCGUCGCCCGUCAACAUCGACAUCCGUCGGCUGAGUCGGGGUCCUCUCAAUCAGCCGAGUCUCGAGUCGCAGGACAUCACCGAGAGCUUUGACUCGGCGGACCUCCACUCCCCGCCCCACUCGGCCCUCAGUAGCCAACGAAGCAGUAUUCUGUUGUCCCGUUCAGAGCACAAACGCAAGGAAGCGCUUUGGGAUCUCUUCCAGAGCGAGAGUGUCUUCCUCUACGACCACCUAAUGGUCAUGAAGAAUGUGUUUAUGGAGCCCUUGAAGAAGAUUCAGGUGGAGGGCUACGCGAUGUUCGCUGAGCCGGAAGUGCUGUUUGGCAAUCUGGACGAACUCUGUUGCGUGACGUAUGCCUUCUGCAAAGAGUUUCUUAAUGUGAUCCUUCAGUACAUGAACUCCGGUGCAGAAAUGAAUCCGACAGAGGUUUUAGUCAGACUUUUCCAAAAGAGCUCAAAAGCCUCUUCACUGACACAGGCCUACCAUCGCUAUACUCUUAAUUACAUCAAUGCUCUCAACUAUUUGGAAACACUUAGACGUCAGGUUGAGUUCAACGAGUUUGAAAAGUGGUGUAACCGAGACUCCCGGUGCAAGAAGCUGCAGCUGACGGACCUAUUAGUAUCACCGGUUCAGCAUAUAAUGCGCGUCCCAUUGAUAUUAAAAGACAUCGAAAUGCGAACCGAAGACCUCUUCGAGAAAGAAAACAUUACAUCGAUUAUAGAGUCGGAGGAGAACUCACUGCGAGAAUUGGACGAUAAGAUGAAAUGGUUGAAGAACUUCGAGCGGCUCCUCGAGAUUCAGCGCAAUAUCGUGUGGCCAUCGGUGGUAGACCUCGACCCCAAAGUCUUCAUUCCCGAUUUCCUGAAGGGCCCCCUUUCCAAACAGCCGUGUGAACGGCUUAUAGUGAGCCCCCGGCGACAAAUCAUACUGGAGGGCCCCCUACACAUCCUGGACAGCGGCAAACCCAUCGAAAUGUAUGUCAUAUUAUUCGAUGACAUGCUUAUCAUCACACGAAGGAAGAAAGGAUUGCAUAAAAAACAAUCAUCACUGACCGAGAAGUGGGCCUCCACUUGCAGGACAGGCAGCUUUAGCUCGUCCACCCACGAGGGACUCUUCAAGUAUGUGGUCUACAAACAGCCCCUCUCUCUCGACAGGUUCUACAUCCACGACGUGCUUCCAGGCAGUGAAGGCACAGCCACAAACCUCAAGAAUGUGUUUGUAUUGGUGUGUCUGAAUCGCUUCCAACAGGUCGUCACCAUUCAUACGUUUCAGACCUCUUCCGAAAACACAAAAAUAACAUGGCUGUCGAAGUUGAGGGAUACGGCCGACAAGUGGAAGCGAACCCUCCAGAACACGGUAUUCCGUAACCAACAGCGACUCAGCAGCGGUAGCGUAUCGACUGCCGCCAGUUUUAGAGACAAUUCCAGUACAACUCACACCAUAUCCACCCGAUAAUCACACUAUCGGUGCGAUCGUUAGCUAAUGGGAUAACCAGUUCUCCAAUUGUGACUCCAUUUUAUAAUUUUCAUACACUUUUAGAUGACAUUUAUGACCCGCGAAACCACACCUAAGAGGCUUUCAAAUGUAUCUCAAAAUAAAACUUAUUUUCGAUAUUUAUUCGGAAAACCUUAAGCCAAAGAGAUAUCUAGAUAUCAAUUGUUUUGUUAACUAUUUAAUAACAUUUGUUUCAAAUGAUUAAUUGUUUAAUAUACUGGUC